AUGGCGCAUCGCAGUGCGGCUGUGAGGCGUCAGAGCUCGGGCUCGAUGCUCUCUCCCCACACAGACAGAGUGAGCGAAGGCGGCGCAGAGCAUGUGGCAAGGGACGGUGCUUUCCUCAACUCUGACGGGAGGGAUCAACGCGACCUCACCAUCAUCGCUCUCCUCGCCCAUGCUGAAACCACCCGGGCUCCUCUCAACUCCCUAGUUGUGGUCGAUGCACUUGCAGCGACGGGGUUGAGAUCUCUUCGCAUAGCACGAGAGGUCCCGCAAGUUGGCAAGAUUUUUGCCAAUGACAAUUCUCCAGAUGCCUUCAGGUGUCUAUGCAAGAACGUAGAGGAAAGCAAAGCUUCGUUAGCUGGCUGUGAAGUAAAAUUGCUCACUUCUUGUGAGGAUGCAGCCACGUUGCUCACGGACUUGGCAUCGCAGAAAGAGUUGGUGGAUUUCAUCGACUUGGAUCCGUUUGGAUCACCCAUCAACAUAGUUCCCUCUGCCCUGAGAUGCCUCAAACAUGGUGGACUUCUUUCCAUGGCCUUCUUCGAUGUUCAGGUUUUGACUGGGUUCGGCCAUGGAAGCAGCGAGCUCUGCUUCUCACGUUAUGGUGCACAACCACUGAACAUGCGAUGCUCGAAAGAGUUGGGGAUCCGAAUCGCCCUGGCAUGUGUCUCAAAGUUUGCCUUACAAUUGGACAGGAAUUUAGAGCCCCUCAUCUGUGCAUAUGUGAAUUGUUGUGUCCGCAUCAUCGCUAGGGUAACACAUCAAGAUCACGAACAUGUUUGCGACAGCAAACAUGUGGGAAGUCAUCACAUGGUUUGGAAGUGCACCAACUGCGAGUACUGGGAAAUGGUGGGAGCCGAUAGCUCAGUCAGCAAGAAGUGUGAAGUUUGUGGAAACCAGGAGAAAGAGCUGGGAGGUCCCAUAUGGUCUGCAAGUCUGGUAGACAAAAACUUCUUUUCAGUUUGCAAACGAACAUUGGAGAAGGUUCAGAUGGAGAGAAACAUAGCGGAUGCAGAUAAUCUGUCGAUUCUUUUCAGGGAGUUGAGUGCAGAAUUACCGAAUCCAUUGUUUUAUGACUUCUCAUUCUUCUCGAGAUGUUCAGCAAGGAGUGACAACAGCUUCGACAGGACCAAUAUAUUGCGUACUAUUGAAAAAGCCGGAUACAAGGUUUCUCACUCCCACACAGCAGUGAAUCUUGCAGUGAAGACUGAUGCGCCAAAUUCUUUCUUAACACAGAUGCUGCAGAAGUUGAGUGCAAAGCUGGAAGAACCUCCAGUGCCACGAGGUGAAGGUCAACAGACUGUAGGGCAGUUGGACGUAGUCCCACAGGUCAACGCUCAGCUGAAGGAAUGCAACGUGCUGCGAAAUCACCCACGAACCAUGUCUGUUUAG